AAAAAAAAAAAAUACGAGAACACUAAAAGACUUUCCUUUUGCCAAAGCUUGCUUCUUCUCAGUAUUCACCAGAAAGCUCUCAUCUUUUUCAUCCCUUGCUAAUUUGCUAUGGCAGAGAUAGCAUCCCUGGUACUCUCGACCGGCAUUACGUCGGCAAUUCUUCAGGUUGUUGUUGACAGAGUCACAAAAUUUGUUGAACAAAAGAUAGGCUUGUUCACUGGGGUCGACGGCAGCUUCAGAAAGUUGGAGAGAACGCUGAUGGAGAUUCAAGCUCGCGUUGAUGUUAUAGAAAAGAAACAUUGCAUUACGAAGGCAGCAGAAGUUUUGCUCGAAGAUCUCCUGACUAGUUUUUUGGAUGCUGAAGAUUUGCUGGACAAGAUCGGUUUGCGUGUGGAGGUCAACAGUGGGAGUCAGGUACGUCACUCGAUGCCCUUCUAUUCUGGCAUACCGUCUGAGAUUAAAAAGAUGCAAGAGAAACUGGAUGGGUUGAUAAAAGACCUGGAAAGGUACUCUACCACAGAAAUCAUCCAGUUGAGAGAGCCUAAAGAAAAGGCUAUUGCUCAGUGUACUUCUUUGGUUGAUGAAUCUCGUGUAUUUGGAAGGGAUACAGAUAAGAACGAGAUUAAAAAAAUGGUCUUGUCUGUGCAACAAGAGGGGGGAAAUGUUUCUGUAAUUCCAAUAGUAGGGAUGGCUGGGAUUGGGAAAACAACACUUGCCCAACUCGUCUACAAUGAUGCAGAUGUGCGUAACCAAUUUGAUUUGAAAAUGUGGGUGUCUGUUUCUUUAGACUGUGGUCUGUACAUGAUUACAGAAUCUAUUCUUGAGUCUGCUACUAGAGGAAAGGGUCCUCAGUUGUCAAGUUUGGAUUGUGUUCAGGUUGAAUUACACAAGACAUUGAAGGGGAAGAGGUUUUUACUUGUACUAGAUGGCAUUUGUAAUGAUAAUCUUAGUGAUUGGGAUCAAUUCAGUUUGUCUUUUGGGGCUGCAAAGAAGGGGAGCAAGAUUGUGAUGACUACUCGAAGUGAAAUUUCUGCCUCAAUUGUUGCCUCUACAUCAUAUCGUUUGGAUCCUCUGUGUGACAAUGCUUGUUGGGAAAUAAUCAGACAAAGAGGGAAUCUUAAUGGGCAGACUAAUUUGGAGGAGAAUGGCCUAGCAAUUUCGAAGAAGUGCAAAGGGUUUCCAUGGGUAGCAAAAGUGAUUGGAAGCUGUUUGAAUUCGGGAGAGAUGGAGUGGGAUGCUCUGUUAAGGCGUGAGCUUUGGGAACUGCAGGAACAUAAAACACGAAUCUAUCCAGUCCUCAAAUUGUUGAGCUAUGAUAAUAUGCCUUCUUAUUUGAAAAGAUGUUUCAGUUAUUGUUCUAUCUUUCCUCGUGAUCAUGUAGUUGAGAAGGAUGAUUUGGUCCAACUAUGGGCAGCAGAAGGCUUUAUUCAGUCCCAAGGAACAAGAGAAAUUGAAGAUGUUGGAAGACAGUAUUUUGAAGACUUGCGUUCGAGGGGUUUCUUUUCACAAGUUCCAAAUAUUGGUGGUGAUCAGCAGAGAUAUAAAGUGCAUGAGCUCUUUCAUGAUUUGGCAAGAUUUGUUUCAACCAACUUAUGCUUUUGUAUGGAGGACAAGGAGGACAAUAUGCCAUGCUUGGUGCACAUAUCUCCUAAUGCUCGGCAUGCAUCUUUGCUUUAUGAAAAUACUCAACUAUCUACUCAACCAUCUACAUUGGAGGCGUUUUGCAAUUAUAAGAAGUUGAGGACAUUUACAGUGCUUCCUAAAUUCCCAUCUACCCCGAGACCAGUCAUGUUUGGCGAAGUCCCUCAUGAAUUUUUUGAAAAGUUGGGAUGCUUGAGGGUGUUGAAUUUGAGUCAUAGUGCCAUCUCUAAAUUGCCUCCAUCUAUUGGAAAUUUGAUACAUCUUCGUUACCUCGAUCUUAGUCAUACCGGUAUUAAACUCUUGCCGAAGCCUAUAACAACGAUAUAUGGGUUAGAAACAUUGAAGCUCAAGAAUUGUCCUAAGCUUCUUCAUUUUCCUGAGAACUUAAAGGACUUGAUUAAGUUAAGACAUCUUGACUUUGACAGACCCUUCAUGCCAAUAUAUGUUGGGAAGUUAACUAGUCUUGAAACCCUUCAUGCAUUUAGAGUGGGAAAAGAGAACGGAUAUCAGAUUGAGGAGCUUAAGAACAUGAGGUGUCUUCGAGGAUCCAUUUCUGUUACGAAUCUUGAGAAUGUGGCAGAUUUUAUGCAGGCUGAGGCUGCUAUGUUACACAACAAGCAAUACUUAGACAGUUUAGAGCUGAAAUGGAAUGGAAUCGGAGGUCAAACGCAACCAGUUGAACUAGUUCAACAAGUUCAACAUGAAGUUCUUACAUUGCUUGAACCACAUGCUGGGUUGAAGGAGUUACGAGUAGCUGGUUACUGUGGUUCGGUAUUUCCCGGAUGGAUAGCCAACCCAGCAUUUAUCAGGCUUGAGAGUAUUGAAUUAGAAAAUUGCGCAUUUUGUGAAUUCCUUCCUUCUCUUGGCCAACUUCCGGCUCUCAAGAAACUUCGUAUUCAAAAUAUGGCUACUUUGAAAGUUGUGGAUGAUCUGUUUUGUGGUCCCCCAGCUGCUUUUCUAUCCUUGGAGACGCUAACACUUUGUGACAUGCCGGAGUUGAGUAACUGGUCAGGACUACAUGACAAUGACAUGCCUUUCCUCAGAGACCUCAGCAUUGAUUCUUGUCCAAAGUUGGCCACCCUUCCUUCAUUUCAUUACCUAACUUCACUUCAACGUUUACAAAUCAGUCGUUGCCCUCAGCUUCAACCUUUGCCAGAGGGAGGACUGCCAACCUCACUCAAAACUUUGUACAUUUUGGAGAGUGACAUCUUGAAGGAUUGGUGCAAGAAGGGAGAAGGUGCAGAUUGGAAUAAGAUCAGAUGGAUCCCUGACAUACGGAUUGAUGGUAUGGUGAUUCCAGCGCAAAGACCGGAUAACCAGAAUGAUGAGGUUCAGAAUGCUCCAGAAAACAUGUUUGGUAGCAGAAACCCCUUGUCGAUUUGUUCUGUUAUUCUUUUUCCUCUGCUCGUCCUUUUUAUGAGAUCAUUGUACCAGUACUUGUCCCAAGCCAGAGAUUGAUCGUCAGCAGAUUCCAGCAGUGGAACGGGAUAAAUAGGAAAUUCUCGUCAUGUUAUAGUCUUUGGCAACCUUGCAGCAAUUACUUGAAGAAGUUUCAAAAUCAAAGAAUGGCGGAGCCGCGCGCGGAGCAUGUCUUAUCUAGAAUAUUUAUGCCAAGUUUACUUUGGAGUGAGACUCUUAUGUAUAAACUAGUUUUUUCUUUCGAGAAACUAUGUAUAAACUACGAAUAUGUCUAAUGCGCAUAUCCCCAUCUUCUUCUUCACAUAGAUAGUGGAACUUGAUUUUAAAGA